CUUCGAUUAUAUAAUUUUUUGUUUUUACGUUAAGUUUAUGUUAGUAUACAUCAUUGUUUUAACCCAUAAAUAUUUGGAGGAAACUUGACUGCAUUGUAGAUAUGCUAAACUUUUUUAGCAUUCGCGAUUCGUUUCCUUACACUGUCGAAGAAGAAAUUGUUUCCUUCAGAGGUUAUUCCAUAUUCUCGGUAAGUAAUGGUGUAAAGAAGUCGACAGGCGAAAAGGUAAGCAUUUUCAUUCACAAUAAAAAGCCAGAUAAUCCAGAGGAACUAUUGAACCAUGCCAUAAUAGCAGUUAAGAAAUUAAAAAAGUUCAAACAUCCUUCAAUAUUGACUUACGUUGACAGCUAUGAAGAUGAGAACAACAUUUAUUUAGUAACCGUUCGCUGCCUCCCACUGUUCGCGUAUUUGCACAAGUUGGGUAGCGAGGACUUGGGAGAGAUGUACCUCAAGUGGGGGCUGGCCUCUAUUGGCGAAGCCGUCGCCUUUCUUAACAGCGUCGAGCUUCGCCAUAACAACAUCUUCCACGGGGCAGUGUUCGUCAACGAUCAAGGGAUCUGGCAACUCGGUGACCUGGGCUACGUCACGGAUUUCAGGUCCGAAUAUCCUCCAAAGCACAUUAGAAUAUUGGAUAAGUACCGCCCACCUGAAAAUGAUUCGCUGUCGGACGAUUGGGGUGUCGGAGUCCUACUAUGGGAAACGUUCAACGGAGAAAUAGAAAGUUCUGAAAGCCUCAUAGAUAUUGCUAACGUUCCUAACGAGCUCCUCCCUGUCUUACAAAAACUGAUAAGUCCUUAUCGAGGUUACCAAGGAGCUAUCAGGGACUUAAUAGAUGUCUGUCACGAUGAUAACAUGUUAACAAAAACCUUGGAAGGACUGAACAGCUACCAUCUCCAAGACAGAGAUUGCAAAAGUAAACUUUCGAAAGAAAUCCUCAAGAUAGUAUCGAAGACCCCAAAAGAUAUAAUUAUUUUCCGAAUACUGAGACAAAUCAGGCAGGCUUAUGAGUACGAAGAAGAGAACGGAUCAUAUCUCGUCCCAGUAAUAUCCAAAAUUGCUUCGGUACUAAACGAAGAUGAAUUCCGCUCUCACUUGGAACCUUUUGUUGCUUUUCUAUUUUCCACUAAAGACAGAGCCACUCGAUUCAAUCUCCUGGUGAACAUUGACGAGAUUGCCAAUAAAAUCGAUAACAAAAGUAUCAACAACCUUUAUCCAAUCAUAUCUGCAGGCUUCUUGGAUACCAGUCCCCAGAUAAGAGAUGAGACCGUGAAGGCUAUGAUGCACGUUGCUCCAAAGCUGUGCAAGUCCGUCAAUCGAGAAAUGAUCCGGCAUCUGGUCCACAUCCAGAAGAACGAUGAGAGCUCCUACAUCAGGACGAACGCGACAAUUUGCCUAGCCAACAUCGCCUACUGCCUGGAGUCUCGCGUACGUCAGAAAGUUCUUCUUUAUUCUUUCCUGCUGGCGUUAAAUGACCCGGACGACCAUGUGAGGAAAGCUGCUAUCCAUGCUUUCAGCGUUACUCAUCGAUUCUUUUCGGUGGAAGUGACCGCGAAAAGUAUACUUCCCCGGCUAGUCUCUCUAACGAUCGACAAAGAACCAAUCGUUAGGCGGAGCGCUUUUAAGACCUUGAAGAUACUCCUUCUCAAGUUGGAGGAAGUUUCCUAUUUCCCUCAGAGGCUGGCGGAAGUAGAGCGGGACGUGGCGAGCGAGACUUGUGAUAACCCUCCGUCCUGGGCUCAGUGGGCCAUAAAUGCGCUUACCAAAAACUAUUUCAAAAAUACAGAGUCCAAUUCGGAUCCGGUAAUAUCCGAAAAAAAUAAACCUGAACAUUAUACAAAAGAACCUAUUGAAAGGAAAGAACACGUGGAUACUAAUGUUCCUACACCUAUUCCUGACAUGAAAACACCAAAAGACCACGGCAUGGACGAACAUAAAGUGCAUCAAGAUUACCCAAUGGUUGGUGAUAAGUUCUUUGAUGUGAACCUCAAGCGGACCCAUACUGAAGGCGUCCCAAGAAAACGAACCAACACUAUAAAAUCAAACCAGAUUUUUGAUAUAGAUUCAUCUUAAUAAAAUUUUUAAAAUAUG